GGUUGAAUGCAUUGCCACGAUUUCCUGUCACAUGAUUCGAAAUAGGAUCCCCUGCUUGCUUUCUACUAUCUCUCUCGUGUCUCCUAGUGUGUUUUAGACCUGCCUGCCUUGGAGUUCAUUUCACAGACUUGGAACGACACCUCCACACAAAACGACUCAACGCAUCAGUCCGCAUCAGGCUGAGUUCAGGACCACAGUUCACCUGCGUCCGAAGCUGCGAACACUGCCCGCUCCGUUCGCAACACGACUGCAACCUAUCCAAGACAAGUCGCGCUCUCUCUCUCUCUCUCUCUGUGUCUCAAGACUUGAGCGAUGGAUUCAUUUUUGACAAUCACCGCUAUCCUUCUAAUAGUUCGGUUUCUCUCCUUAACCACUUCCAGACAGUUCGACACUGAAUGUUACACAGCUAAUGGAGAGGACUACCGGGGUUGCCAGAACCAGACUAGCCUCCUUGGGGGCAAGCCUUGCCUCUUCUGGAACGAGACAUUCCAGCACCCCUACAACACCCUGAAGUACCCCAACGAAGAGGGGGGUCUGGGCAGCCACAACUACUGCAGGAAUCCUGACGGUGACGUUCAGCCGUGGUGUUACAUUGCAGACCAUGAGGAUGGAAUCUACUGGAGAUACUGCGAUAUCCCCACUUGUCGCAUGCCAGGGAACCUGGGCUGUUUUAAGGACAGUGGCGAUCCGCCCACCUUGACGGGGAGCAGUGAGACUUCGAACAAGCUCACCAUCCAGAACUGCAUUGGUUUUUGCCGCAAACAGAAAUACAAGCUGGCUGGGAUGGAGUCAGGUUAUGCCUGUUUCUGUGGCAAUGACCUGGACCUGCGUCGCCAUGGUGAGGCGCCCAGCAUGGAAUGCAACCACGUUUGUUUCGGUGACCACACCCAGCCCUGUGGAGGUGAUGGUUGGGUGAUCGUCUUCGACACUCGAGUGGGGGCGUGUGGGGGUAACUACUCUGCCCCCUCUGGGGUUGUCUACUCCCCUGACUUCCCUGACAAGUACCAAGCUGGAAGGGUCUGCUACUGGACCAUCCAGGUUCCGGGAGCCUCCAUGAUCUUGUUCAACUUCACCUUCUUCGACAUCUCGGACCAGAAGGACAUGGUUGAACUGCUGGAUGGCUUUACCAACCAGGUGGUGGCGAGGUUCGAUGGCCGCAACCCACCCAGAGAUCUGGUUAACGUCACUGGAGACUUUGUCAUCCUUUACUUUUACUCAGAUGGAACUAACCAGGCUCAAGGCUUUGCUGUCACAUACCAAGCGCUGAGAGGUCUGGACACCAGGCCUGUAGGUGAGGAAGAGGAGAAAGAGGACACUAGCACAGCGAAGCCGCAGCUCAAUGAUGUAACAGAGAAGUCCAACGGGAAUGGAAAUGGCCGUUCCUCGCAGAUCGUCUACGUGAUAACAUCCAGUCCUGGUAAACCGGACCACAACGUGCCAGGUCAGUGGGCCGGACCCAAAGGAACCAACGGACACACCUCUAUGUGGACCAUAUAUGCCCUGGCUGCUCUCCUGACCCUGACGGUCAUAGCAAUGGUGGCUAAACUACUGCUGCACGUCACCGUCAAAUCUCCCAACAUCCCGACCAUUAGCGGUUCGGAGAGCUGUGGCGGCCAGAGCGCAGCGUCUGAGCCUUGGAUCAUCCUUUACCGCCCCUCAACCAUCUCCCUCUUCAAGAAGAAGCUAAAGAACCACCACGGAGACCUCAGCCCCCUGGUGGGCAACUAGCCAACUGCAGCCCGGUCCCCUACCGCUACCGCUGCUGCACCCUGUGCCAAGGCCUGCCUUUACCGGAGCUAGCCACGGAGCUAGCCCCUCUAACCCAAUGAGACGCUAUGGGGGCACUGAGCUACAAAGCUAACAUGCUAACUAAUGACUGAUCCGCUGACUCACUGAGUGAUUACUACCAAAUGGCCCGAGGGCUAUAUCUCCCGGAGAGGAGCCGGACAGGGCUGUCUUCGUCUGCUGUGUACACGGCGGGAGAGAAGAGCAGGGCAGAUGUACAGCGCGAGGUAGAAGAUUUAGGCCACUCAUCUCCUCAUGGAUCCACUUCCAUCAUCCCUCCAUGGAUGUCUGAAAGGAGUCCCACUCUACAGACAAGGGUUGAUCGCGGCCAAAGCAACCAGUUUCCACAGGACUCCUCCAGAAUGCAGGUCUUCCACUGUAACUGUGCCCCGGUCAGGCACAAAAUGGCCAACAGCACUUGUGUAUUACUAUUAAUACCACUAUGGAAUAUCCUCAGUUAGGGAACAGUCAGCCUGUCAGAAAUCUUUGAGUUACCUGCAAAUGUUUUUUGUUAUGUUGGCCACCCGGUGGCUUUUUGUCUCAGAGAGGCUGGAGCGCUGAGGUGAUCCACCUCUGCACAAUGGAUGGCAAGAAGUCACAGAGAAGGGUGCCGCGGAUCCUUGGCACGCUGCGACACGCCCUGGCAAAAAACGAAUAACCAAAUCCGUCAAAGGACACAGAGAGGCCGUGGAGAAUUUGGGGGGGACGCUCGCUGCCUCUGUCUCACCCACGCGGCCCCCGGAGGGAAGAGGGAUCAGAAGUCUCUCCCGUGGCCCUGGGGGUGGAUGGGGGGAGUAGGGGAGGGGAGAAGGAGGGUUGUCAUUAACCAACCGCCAUUUAGAAAGAGUCUUUGAAGCCUUCAGAGGUUCUCUCUCUCUCUCUCCUUCGCCGCUCAGCGCCGGGUUGUUAUCUGUCUGGUUUGACUGCCCCAGAUGGCACCGCAUUCACAUACACUUAGAAAAAAAGGGUUCCCCAAGGGUUAUUUGGGGGGCGGGGGGGUCGUCCUUAUGGGGGGAACCCUAUAAAUAUCCCUUUUUAGGUUCCAGGUAGAAACCCUACAGAGGCUUUCUAUGUGGGAACCUACAGGGGUUCUACCUGGAACCUAAAAAGGAUUGUUCAAUGGUUCCACAUGGGGUCAGACAAAACCUUUCCCAUAGUACUGAUAAAGUCCAAACUACGGGGAAUAGGAACCCUGUCUUUAAGUGCCUUGGGAAUGUUCAACCCGGCUGCUAGGCUUUUCUCAUGUAUCCCUACUCCACCUCUGCUCCUUGCCUAAGUCCAUUGCUUGUGUUCCCUGUCCACUCGAUGACAGACCACGGCUAUGGGAAUUACAGCAGCGUGGGCGAGACCUUUGAUGUUUGCUUUAAUUCCCCCCGCCCCCCCUUCUCUUCUGCAGUAUAUGUUCUUAUGCGUAGUCUUCUCGGACAUUGCUGAGCAUAUUGUUCUCGUUGUGUUGCCGUGUGAUUACAAGGAGGAGUAAGUGGAGCUGUAUAUUGUGUAAUUCAACGGGUGGGAUGAUGAUGAUGGCGUGUGUCCUGCUCUUUCAUUUGCUGUCCCUGCGAACCAAUGGUGAAAUGCAUCAGGGUCGUUUAUGUACUUACUCAUCAACCGCCACUUAGCUUCGAGGUCGGGGCGUCUUUUUUUUCUUCUUUUCUUUGGUCUUCUGCAGCAGAUUAAUUCCCCCAUUCAGAAGGCUUGUCGGACCCUGAGAAAUGCCUCACACAACUCGCGUCAAGCUGGCCAAAGCAUGUGGGAUGAAUGAAUAAACCGGCUCGCUGAGUGUCCGCUGGGUGAGCAGACAGCAGGCCAGUCCCAUGUGUUUCCGUGACCUUUGGCGUUACGUCAAAGGUCACAGCACAUUACUGCGCCCCUGGGACUUUUAGGUUGAAUUAUGAUGAAGAUAUUUGUGUUGCUCAAGCACUUCUAAGUUUGCAUUUCCCCAACAGUCACAAACACAAUGAAAGCUAAUUCAAAACAUCAAUGCACUUAGUUUUGCCUCAACUUGUGAGCUAAUAGAUGAAAAGUACUUAAAACCAGAAUGUCUCUUAUACGCUCCGGAACGAAAACCUUUCACAAUUGAUAUUGGGAAAUAUGCAAACGGAAAACUUGACAUUGAGA